AUGGCCAUGGGGGUUCAAGACCAGUACGAGCCCGUGGCAGAGAUCGGCAUCGGGGCUUACGGCACCGUCUUCAAGGCCCGAGACCUGCAGAGCGGCAAGUUCGUGGCUCUCAAGAAUGUCCGGGUCCAGAGCAACGAGAACGGGCUGCCGCUAUCCACCGUGCGUGAGGUGGCGCUGCUGAAACGGCUGGAGAACUUUGACCAUCCCAACAUUGUGCGGCUAAUGGACGUUUGCACGACAACGAGGACCGAACGUGAAACCAAAGUAACACUGGUGUUUGAGCAUGUGGAUCAGGACCUGAGAGCGUAUCUGGAUAAAACGCCGCCGCCUGGCCUACCAGCGGAGGCAAUAAAGGACAUGAUGCGUCAGUUCUUGAGCGGCUUGGAGUUCUUACAUGCAAACUGCAUCGUUCAUCGUGACCUCAAGCCCGAGAAUAUCCUGGUAACCAGUUCCGGUCAAGUCAAGCUGGCUGACUUUGGCCUGGCUCGUAUCUACAGCUGCCAGAUGGCUCUGACACCGUUGGUAGUUACCCUUUGGUACCGUGCGCCAGAAGUGCUGCUCCAGUCGACCUACGGCAGUCCUGUGGACAUGUGGAGUGUUGGCUGCAUCUUUGCAGAGAUGUUUCGAAGAAAGCCUCUCUUCUGUGGCAACUCCGAAGCUGACCAGCUGGGCAAGAUUUUUGAUCUAAUUGGACUCCCAUCCGAGGAAGACUGGCCUCUAGACGUGUCUCUGCCACGCUGCGCCUUCGCUGCUCGCCUCCCACAACCCGUUGAGAAAUUUGUACCGGAAAUCGAGCUCCCGGGGGCCCAGCUGCUUUUGGAAAUGUUGACCUUCAACCCUUACAAGCGCAUCUCUGCCUUCCAAUCACUGCAUCACGAGUAUUUUCAAGACAAAAGGGCCGUGGAUGGGUAGCAUCCAUGCAGAGUUGCGGGAAAGGG